AUGUCCCUGCGAUUUCACAGUAGGGAACCGAGAGGAGGAAGAAGCGAACGCGAGCAGGAGCGCAGCCCUCUCCGGACCUCUGGGGCUCUCUUUGCAACUUGCCACACUCGCAGCCCUCACCCGACUCUGAACAACAACUGCGGGGAGGAAAGGCCACUUGCAGCCGGGGCUCGCAAACUGUCGGUUCCACUCGGACAGCGCCACCCCGGUGCCCGCAGACGCGAACGGGAGGGAGAGGGCCACUCCAGCCCCGCGCGCCCCCGGCAGCCGGCUGCCCCCGAGCGCGAGGAGAGGGGACGAGUCCGGGGAGCUAGCGGGGGAGCGCGGGGCGGUACCUCCGCGCUGCCUGGGCGCCAUCGCCGCACCCUGCUCGCGCGUCCUGGGCAGCUCGGCCAACUGCUCCCCCCACCCACCUGGAGCCCGGGCCGCCUUCGCGCCCGACUGCGGGGGGCGAUCGCGCCCCGCCCCAACCCUGGCGGGGUCUCCCUGGGCACGAAAGGGUUAACCAUAGCUCGCUCCCUCCCGGAGGCUGGGUCUGGCAGUGGCUGGGUGUGGAGAAAGCAAACGAGAGCCAGUUGGGUUACCGACUCCGCGAAGCCCCCUCGGACCCCAGCCCCGCGAGGGAGGGUGGCGGAGGGUGGCGCGCCGCAGCGUGGUCCUCGCCAUUGCCGCCGCGGCUUUGUAAAGUGUCAGCGGGGGCGAAAGCGAGAGUUUAAAGGAACAGGAGGCCCAUUGAAUUUCCUACCGGGGCUUUCAGGGGAUCUGGCUCCCCGGUUUGUUUUUGUUUUUUCAGCUCGGGGAUCUGUUUCCGCGUUAACCCUUGCCGGCCCUGUCGUUAGUUAUAUUAUUUUGCAUACAGUUAAUCAUUUUUGAAAGGGAUAAAUACAAGGAAAAGAAGCAAAGCGCUAUUGGUUAAAAGUACAGGAUCUAAAGCCCGGAUAGCCUGGGCUGGAAUUUCACUUGCCCCGCAAUGAGCAAUUUAUCUCCUAGCCUCAGUUAUCCAUCCAUCAAAUGGAGAGAAUUAGAGUAACGCCCUUAUAAGGUGGUUGCAACAGAUUGGAUGAGUUAACUGUAUAUUUAAUAAAUGUAGAACAUUGCCUACCGCAAAGUAUGUGGCUUUAAGUGUUUCCGAAGCAAAAGUGAGAGAACACUUCAGUCACGUAACAAAUUUCCAUGUGUUCUAAGUUCCAGUUCCUUUCCACUCCAAGCUCUGAAGAGUCUAUGGAUGCUGUCAAUAGAUGUCUCAGCUUGCAGCAAAACCCACUGGAAGUGUAUCCGGAUAAUCAAUCUACCUUUGCAAAUGUGAUGCUCAAAGGAUGGCUCUCUCACAAGAAAUAUGUUUCCCCUAAUCCAAUACUCAGUCUGCUCUUUAUUUCAAACGACAGACAUACACGAAUAAACACAAACAUAUGUCAUGCCUACAACUCUUUAUUAUGCCAUGCCUACAACUCUUUAUUAUGCCAGUACCCUGGCUCUUUCCUGAGCUUUCCUCUCAUAGGUUGAUUUCUACUUAGGUAACGAUUUUUCUACUUAGGUGACGAUUCUUCUAUUUCUGCUUAACCAGGAGUGUUUAAAUUCCAUGUAAUAUUACAUCUGAAUUUGAGUACCUAGAUACAUACCUGCUUAAAAUCAAGUUUGAAAACUGAAUCUUCUCAUCAAAACUUGAUUGUGCGGUUGACCCUUGAACAACAGGGGUUUGAACUGGGAGGGUCCGCUUUUGCAUGGAUUUUCUUCCUCCUCUGCCACCCCUAACACAGCAAGACUAACCCCUCCUCUUCCUCCUCCUCUUCAGCCCACUCAAUGUCUCUUCCUCCUCCUCUUCAGCCCACUCAAUGUGAAGACGAUGAGGAUGAAAGUCUUUCUGAUGAUCCACUUCCACUUAAUAAACAGACCUGUCCAAAAUUGGAACUUGGCUAACAGGAUGCUGAAGAAAACAGCAUGCUCCCUUGGAAAUGAGAUUCUAUACAUGCUGUAGAAUACUUGACAUUUAUUAUAAUCUUUUCUUAACUAUUCAGGAAAUAGUUUUCAUCCAUUUUAACAGGAUUUGUUAAAACUUUCUACAAUUGCUGUCAGAUAAAGGGAAAUUGCUAUUAGUGAAUUGCUUUUAUUCAGUCCAAAUAUUAUGACCUUUCUUCUAGGUCUCAGCAAUUCCUCUCCCUCCUCAUUUGGUAGGGCUAAUUUUUGACCUCUGGUAUGCAAUUACAAGACUCGUUUGUUCAUCUUGGCUGAUCUGCUCUCAGAAUAAACUGGAAUUCUAUUGUACUGUUGAUGGGUAAUUCCAGCUUUUUGUUCUUUAAAGUUUUAAGGAGAAAAUUUUAUCAAUUCUGCAUUUGAAUUGAAUAAACAUCUUUUAAAAACUUA